AUGGAUUGUAUAAAUAUAAAAUUUGAUGAAGAUAUUAAUUUUCAUUUAUUACGUCAUUGGUCAUUAUAUGAUUCAAUAUAUUAUACACAUGAUAUGAUUAUAUCAUUUAAAUUAUGGUCAUCACGUGGUUUAUCACAAUUAAAAGAAUUUCUUGCUGAUUUAGGUAUACCAAAACGUGAAUAUGAACAAUAUUAUCGUGAUAUGAAUAUAAAAUAUAAAUUAAAUAUUAAAAAACAAAUAUUAAAUAAACGUUUACAAGAUAAAUAUCAUUAUACAACAAAUACAAUUAUAUUACCAACAUUUUUAUUAACAAGUGGUUUUACAUUAAAAUUAUCACCACAAGAUAUUGUUUAUUCUGUUAUGUCAACAUUACAAACAUCAUCAUCAUCAACAACAUCAACAUCAUCAUCAAUAAUGAUUGAUUUAACUCAAUGUUUUUCAUUAGCAUUAUCAUGUUUAAAUUAUAAUCAAUUAGAACAAUAUAUAAAUGGUAUUGAAUUAGAAAAAAUUUAUACAAAAAAAAAACAUUAUUUAAUUGAAACAUUAUUACAAUCAGAUAAAAAUUUAACAUUUAAUAAUACAAUACCGUUUAUAUUACUUAAAUUUGAUCAAAAUAUGUUUAAUUCAUCAAUAAUAAAUGAUAAUAUUAAAUCAUAUGAAUUUUUUACACAUCCAUAUCAAACAUAUUUAUUUGCACGUCAUGCAUUAAAUAUAUUAAUAUCAUAUACAUCAUCAUCAACAAAUAUAAUUAAAAGAAAAAAAUCAAAAUAUUUAAAAAAUUUACCAUUAAUAUUAAUAGCACCAUAUUCGUUAACAAAUAAAGAACACGAAUUAAUUGAAAUUGUUGUUGGUGUACCAUCAUUUAAUAAUAUUAUGAUGAAUUCAUUUUCAACAUUAUUUGAAACAGCUGAUCGUCGUUGUGGUAAUGUUGCUAAAUUUGUAUUUUUUGAUCAUUCUGUAUUAUUAUUACAAGAACAACAUCGACAAAAAUUUAUUGAUGCACUUAUGUUUGUACUUGCGAAAUAA